GUCGGCCGCGGCCUGGCCGGCGCCCUGGUGGUCGCGGAGGCCGAGCCGCCGCAGGUCGACCGCGAGGAGCUCUGGGUGCUCGACGACUGGCGCCUCGACGAGCAGGCGCGGAUGGUCGGCGGCUUCGGCGAGAACCUCCACGAGGCGGCGCAUGCCGGGCGCAUCGGCAAUACCGUCACCCUCAACGGCGUCCUGCCGGCGAGCUGGCCGGUGCGCAGCGGCGAGCGGGUGCGCCUGCGCCUGGCCAACGUCUCAAACGCGCGCACCUUCGGCCUGCGCUUCGAGGGGCACGCGCCGCAGAUCGUCGCACUCGACGGGCAGCCCUGCCGCCCGCACAGCCCGCCGGACGGGCUGGUCGUGCUCGGCGCCGGCGGGCGCUGCGACCUGAUCCUCGACCUCGGGCAGGACCCGGGCAGCCGCGCCCGCGUGGUCGACGCCUACUACGAGANNCGGCCGCUGCGCGCCAGCCCGCUCGACGCGCCGCUGGCCCUGCCGGACAAUCCCCUGCCCGCCCCCGACCUGGGCGCCGCCGAGGAUCUCGAGCUGGUGCUGGGCGGCGGCGCCAUGGGGCAGAUGAUGACGGCGCGGCUGGGCGGCGAGUCCUACGGCUUUCGCGAGCUGGCGGCGCGCGGCAAGGUCUGGGCGCUCAACGGCCAGGCCCAUGCCGGCCCCGACGACCCGCCGCUCUUCUCGCUGCAACGGGGCCGCAGCUACCGCCUGCGGCUGGUCAACCGCUCCAGCUUCGAGCACCCCAUGCAUCUGCACGGCCAUCACCUGAAGCUGCUGGCGCGCGACGGGCGGCCGGUCGAGCCGCAGCCCUGGCACGACACCCUGCUGAUCGCGCCCGGCGAGACGGUGGACACCGCCUUCGUCGCCGAGACGCCGGGCCGCUGGAUGUUCCACUGCCAC